AUGCUCACCCUUGACACACAAUCCUGGUCCCACCUCGCACUCAUUGGUGGCGCCGUCAUCCUGCAGCAGAUCAUGGGCAUGAUCUACUACGGGCCUGUCAUGGGCAACGCAUGGCUCAAGUCGCGGAACAUGACGGCCAAGGAUCUGGAAGGAUGCGACCUUCGCAAGCCUAUGGCCAUCUCGCUCAUCACCUCGGGUAUCUUUGCCGAGGUUCUGUUCUUUGUCGUCGGUGCCUCGGCCGAUCUCCACGCCGCUCUCACUACCGUCUUUUGGCUGUGGUUCGGCUUCAACGUCACCACUGUCUUCAACAAGGGCGGCUGGGAGGACGAGUCCUUUGCCCACAUGGCCAUCACCUGCGGCUGGAAUCUGAUCCAGUAUGUCGGCAUCCCCAAGGUCUCGUCGGGCAUUCAUUGGUUCUGUGUCGACUCGACGUUGGUGUACGAGCCGUUUAUCGCCGACUUUGGCCCGCUGCAUCUGGGCCAUGUCUAUCGGUUUUGCAAGCUGGUGCAGGGCAAGUUGGACGAUCCGUCGCUGGCGGGCGUCAAGCUCGUCCACUACUCAUCGAGCAACCAGCACAAGCGGUCGAACGCGGUGCAUCUCAUGGGCUGCUUUGGUGUCGCCGCCCUGGGAUGGAAGGCUGCCGAUGCUGUGGCCGCCUUUGCCAACGUCUACCCGCCGCUGCUCCCGUUCCGCGACGCGUCGUACGGCCCGUCGACGUACAACCUCAUCCACGACGAGGUCUGGCGAGGGCUGUAUCGCGGCAUGCAGUACGGGUGGUUCUCGCUCGACUCCUUUGACGUCGAGUCGUACGACAAGUACCAGCGCGUGGAGGGCGGCGACAUGAACUGGAUCGUGCCGAACCGCUUCCUGGCCUUUUCAGGCCCGCACGCGGCUAACACCUACGACCACGGCUACCGGCUUCUCACCCCCGAAGACUACAUUCCGUACUUCAAGGCCAACGGCAUCGACACCAUCGUUCGCUUCAACAAGGCUGUGUACGACAAGUCCCGCUUCGAGUCGCGCGGCUUCAAGUUUGUCGACCUCUACUACAUCGACGGUGGCUUGCCGACCGACGCCAUCAUCGACGCCUUUAUGGCCGCCUGUGAGGCCUCGCCGUCCGCCGUCGCGGUCCACUGCAAGGCCGGCCUCGGCCGCACAGGCUCGCUCCUCUCGUUGUACAUGAUGAAGCACUACGGCCUGACUGCCUCAGAGUGCCUCGGCUGGCUCCGCCUCUGCCGCCCGGGCUCUGUCAUCGGCCCGCAGCAGCACUACCUCCACGACAUGGAGGCGCUCAUGCACUCGGAGGGUGCCGACUACCGUGCCCGCCACAACAUCGCCUCUGCCGCCGCAGAAGCCGUCGCAGACGCAAAGCUGGAGACUGCCCCGGUCUUUGAGGAGGCCCGCGCCGCUGCCGCCGCCGCCCGCUCCGCCUCGUCGUCAUCUCGCUCGCGCUCCUCGCGCUCCUCGCGCUCCUCGUCCUCGUCCUCCCGCGCGGCCGCCGCCGCCCCGUCCACCCCGCCGCGUGCCGCCCAUCCGGACGCCAUGCCCGACACCCGCUCGCCGUCGGGCAAGAUCCUCUCGCCCGGCGUCGGCUAUGACACCGACCACAACACCACCUACUCGGUCCGCGACGUUGGCAUGGGCUCGCCGCUCACCCGCAUCCGCGACUCGCCCGGCGCCUCGCGCCGCUCCUCGCCCUCAUCGCCGCUCCGAUCCUCGACAGUGUCAUCCCACGCACGCUCCUCGCCGUCCACCUCCUCGACCUCCUCUACCACCGCCGCUCCCUUUGUCUACCGCACCUCGCGCGGCAAGGUCUACUCGAACGCGCCGUCGUCACCGCUCUCGCCGCUCUCCUCGCCGGCCACCUCGCCGCUCCGUACUGCCUCGAUCACCUCGCCGCUCCGCUCGACUGCCUCGUCCACUCGCUCCUCCCGCUCCUCGCGCGAGUACAUGGGCUCGCGCUCAGCCUACGACUACUCGUCGCCGCGCUCAUCGACCUCCACCUCCACCACCUCGCCCUCCAUCCUCACGGGCCAUGUCAGCCGGAAUGAGUUUGAUGCUGCUACUGCCUUUAUGUCGUGUGCUGCUGCUGCCGAGAUCGAGGUCGAUUCGCAGACACAGCUCGAGCUGUACGCCCUGUACAAGCAGGUCCAUGUCGGUGAUUGUCAUGCCCCUGCUCCGUCGAUGCUCUCGUUUACGGCCCGAGCAAAGUGGGAUGCGUGGAACAGUCUCUCGGGCAUGUCCGCCACAAACGCCAUGGCUCUCUACGUGGCCAUCGUCGACAAGCUCGCCGGCACCACCUGGCGCGAGCUCUCGGCAGACGACAUCGCUGCUGCGGGCAAGGCCGAGGCCAAGAGCCAGGCCAUGGGCCCGCGUGUCUCCACCAUGGCUCGCGACGAGGAUGACGACGAUGCUGAGGAUGUCAAAGUCUCGGCAAUUGCUGCGGCGGCGCGUGCCGAUCAUGACGACGCGCUGGCCGCGCCGGCAGGGCCGAGCGCUACCGCCGCCGCCGCCGGACAGGGCGAGCCGGGAAAGACCGGUAGCAUGUCCGCCAUGCGCCUGCUCGUCGCCAAGGCCAAGGAGGAGGGCGCGUUGAACGCACUCGAUGGCACAGGUAUCGCCCCGCUGCACGCUGCGUGCGACAUGGAGAACCUCGACCUGGUCUCUGCCCUCAUCGAGGCCGGCGCCGACGUCAACAUCUGCGACUCGGAUGGCUCGACUCCACUGCACUAUGCCGUCGUUCUCGACAACGUCGCCCUGGCCAAGCUCCUCCUUGCCGCCGGCGCCGCAGCCUCGCUUGCGGUUGCCGACGAUGAUGGCCUUCCCGCCGACAACGUCUCCUCGGACGAGAUGGCGGUCGCCCUGGCUGCUGCGGCCGCCGAGUAA